UCUGACUCCUCCCUCCAAUCCCUCCAAAGGACGUGCAGAAGAUGACUGGGUUAGAGGGAGGGGAGGGGGAGGAGAGACGAGAAUUAGAAAACAGCGCAGAGAGAGAGUUGAUAUUUCAGGCAAUCAGCCCUUUAAAGAGCAGGGAGAUGGUGAGGACGAGGGUCACACAGAGAGAGGGACUGAUGGAUCCCACAGCUAUUACUUUGCAUCGCCUAAAUCAAUUUGGUUAUCGCCUAUAAACACAAACAAGGGAAAACACAUCACUCUCACACACAUUGAGAGGAAAAAACUGACAUUCAAGCACAGAUAUAUAUACGGAUAGACACAAGGUCAUAUUACAAAGAUUAACAUAUAGUUCACACAUACAUACAUACAUACACACACACACACAUACAUAUAUAUAUAUAUAUAUAUAUAUAUAUAUACGCUAUACGUAUAUACAUAAAUACAUACAUACAUGGUUUGACCAGACUUCCUGCACACUGUGCUGCACAGUUGCUUCAGUGGCUUGGACAAUACUUUGAUACUGAAGUAAAACUGAAGUUGUGGACUAUGUGAGAGCCCUAGACUACUUUGUGUGACAACUCUGUGAAGCUCAUCUCUGGAGCCACACAGCAGCUGGACUUCAGGAGGAAGGACAGAGAAGGGGGGCUACAUGUACACAUACAACUACACCAGCCUCAGCAGCACGCCUGGAAGCACCGGCCCCUUUCUCCUCCCCGAAAACUCCUCUGCGCCCACGGGCCCCCCCCUGAACCCCUCCGCCGAGCCCAGGACUCGGGACCCCGCCCUGGCCCGCGCCGAAAUCGGGGUCCUGGCGCUGAUCCUGGCGCUGACCACCCUGGGGAACGGGUUCGUGCUCUGGAUCCUGCUGAGGAGGAGGAGGAACCUGGCGCCCAUGCACCUCUUCAUGGUCAACCUCUGCGUGGCCGACCUGGUGGUAGCCUUCUUCCAGGUGCUGCCCCAGCUGGUGUGGGACAUAACGGAGCAUUUCCAGGGCCCGGACGCGCUGUGCCGCACGGUGAAGUACCUGCAGAUCGUGGGCAUGUUCGCCUCGUCCUACAUGAUCGUGGCCAUGACCGUCGACCGCCACUACGCCAUCUGCUUCCCCCUGCAGGCCUACCGGGGGGGGGCCUCGCGCUGGAACACCCCCCUCGUGGUGGCCUGGGGGCUGGCCUUGCUGCUCAGCCUGCCCCAGGCUUUCAUCUUCUCCAGGUCAGAGGUCUCCCCAGGGGUGUUUGAAUGUUGGGGUCACUUUGUGGAACCGUGGGGGCUCAAGGCAUAUGUCACCUGGAUGACUGUGGCCGUGUUCGUAUUGCCAGCUCUCAUCAUCGCCGUCUGUCAGGUACAGAUAUUCAGAGAAAUUCACAACAACAUCUACCUGAGGGCAGAGAGGAUGGUAACUGUGGAAUACAAGAGGACUUCUGUCCUCUUCCAUUUCCAGGACCCCCAGCAGGACGUGCAGAGUGGGAGGGGGGCAGGAGCAGGAGGCAGAGGUAGAGAGGAGCAGGGGGGUCGUUCCUUGCCCCUGGAUGAUUACACCCCUUCUCUCAGUCCUUCCCAUUCACCUGCCCCUCUCACAGAACAGAACAUUCAUGACAGCCGCAUGGAUGACCCCCAGUCUGACCUCCCUGCAGGGAUAGAUUACCCUCCUGUGGCCCUCGAUACCAGUUCUGCAGCCCUCACUGCCGGUUCCAUUUUGUCCAGCGAGGCUGAACCCAUUUCUCUGCCCCCAGACUGCCCCAAGGCAUUUGAUCCCUCACCCGUUCCUCCUGCAGGCCCUGGCUGCCCCAAGGGCCUUGAACCCUCACCACUUCCUCCUCCGGCCCCCAACCACCCCAAGGGUCUCGAGCCCUCACCCCUUCCUCCUGCAAGCCCUGUCUGCCCCAUGGGCCUCGAACCCUCAACCCUUCCUCCUCCGGACCUCGACUACCCCAAGGGCCUCGAGCCCUCACCCCUUCCUCCUGCGGCCGCCGACAGGAACCUUUCUCGGCCCUCCGCCUUCAGCUCCGCCUCCUACAGCGGCGCUCUGAACGCCUACGACUACGCGCUCCAUGGUUACCUCGACUCCGCCCCCCACCGCGGUCCCCCCUCGGAGCCCCGCCCAUCGGCCAGGCCGCACCCACUGCCCCCGCCCAGCAUCUCCAAGGCCAUGUCCAAGACGGUUCGGAUGACGCUGGUGAUAGUGCUGGUGUACACCCUGUGCUGGUCCCCCUUUUUUAUCGUUCAGCUGUGGGCCGCGUGGGACCCCAACCCGCCAGAACAAGGAGUGGCCUUCACAAUCCUCAUGCUCCUGGCCAGCCUGAACUCCUGCACCAACCCCUGGAUCUACACGGCGUUCUCCAGCAGCACCUCCCGGGAGCUCCGGGCCCUGCUGUGCUGCGCGUCCCGAGCUCCCCGCCGAGGCUCCCUCCCCAACGACUCCACCACCACCACCACCACCACCCACACCUCCACCAGCACCAAGGACGGCAUGUAACCAGGGCCUGGGAGCGCAUGCCAGGCCCGAGGCAGAGCAUCAGCCCCGGGAGCGGAGGGUGCAGGCGAGAGGGAUGGCAAGAAUCCAUACUACAGGGACUGAGAGAAAGACAGAGAGAAAGAGAGCGAGAGAAACUAACAAUGCCUUUUAAAAAAAAAAACCCCAAAAGUUAAACUUUAAAGUUGAACAGUUAAAUGUUCUAAUUCUGCAACGUGCUAACAUCUAAAGCCUUUGCUUUUGGGGCAGAGAUGUUAGAUUGUGAUAAGGGUAAGGAGGAGCAGGCUGCUCAGAUGGAAGCUGUCAAGGCUACCCAUAGUAGUGAGAACACAUAAAAUCUUUUUAAAGAAAAGUUUUAGAGAGGGUGGCUUGGGGCAGCAGGGGCGGGGAGUGAGGGAACAAGACAGGAUGUGUAGAAGUAAUAGUCUGAAAUGUCUUUCUUGCAGAAGUAUAAAAAAUACUUUUUGUAACUGUUAUGGAUAGUGCGGUAGUGUAGUAUAAUGGCUAAGGAGUUGACGAUGUAACCUAAAGGUUGGAGGUUUGAUACCCCGGUAGGACACUGCCGUUG